AUGCCAUCACCAAAAUCAAUACCAAUACGAGAUCCAAAAUAUAAACCAACAAAUAUAAUAAAACAAAGCAAAGAACAAGGCAGACAUGUUACAAUAGCUGGUCCAAUGGUGCGAUAUUCAAAACUUCCAUUUCGUGAAUUAUGUCGAUUUUAUAAUUUGGAUAUAGUAUAUACUCCAAUGAUACUAGCUAGAGAAUUUGUACGUAAUGAUAUUGCAAGAUAUUCAGAUUUUACAACUAAUGAUAAAGAUAAAUCAGUUAUCGUUCAAUGUGGAGUCAACUCUGUUUCUGAUUUUAUGAAAUUUAUAGAAAUGAUUAAUCCUUUCGUUGAUGGAAUAGGUAUAAAUUGUGGCUGUCCGAUUAGAGAUCAAAUAAAAGAAGGUAUUGGUGCAGCAUUAAUGUCAAAACCGAAACUCGUUGCUGAGAUGAUAUCUACUGCAAAGGCAAAAUAUGGAGAUUCAGUAUGCAUAGACACUAAGAUAAGAAUACAUAAUGACAUAAAUGAGACUAUUGAAUUUGUGAAGAUGGUUGAACAAGCUGGGAGUGAUAUGAUCACAAUACAUGGAAGGACAAAAAAUACAAGAUCAUCAACUCCAGUAGAUUUAGAUGCUAUAAAAACAUUACGAAAACAUAUAAAUAUACCUGUUAUAGCAAAUGGUGAUUGUUUUACCAAGAAAGAUUUUGAUAGGAUAGUUGACUACGCUAAAGUUGAUGGAGUAAUGUCUGCUCGUGGAAUACUAGCUAAUCCUGCUUUAUUUACUGGACUUGAUAAGACUCCAUGGAGUGCUGUUGAGAUGUUUAUGCAUUUAGUUACUUGUUAUGGAUUACCUUUUGGGUUAUCACAACAUCAUAUUACUCAAUUAUUAGAGAAUGUAAUUCCUAAAUCUUAUAUUAGACAAAUUAAUGAAUUGAAGAAUAUGAUUGAAUUGAUUGACUACCUAGAUGAACACUUUAUAUUGAAAAGAAAAGGAGAAGAUGGAUUUGCAACUGCUGUUGAGCCACAAUGGAGACAGUAA